CGAACUGUGUGUAUUUAAAACCAUUUAUUUUAAGAAAGGGUAUAGAAUAUGUUGUUCACGAUCGUUUUGCUUCUUGGAGUAUCGGUUGUUAUUUCACUGCCUCUCGAUACGAUCUCUGACGAUACCGUUAUUGUUUAUGGAGCGAUACCAGAAUAUUAUCGAUACUUUCACCCAGUUCGAGCCGCCAAAGUCAAAAGAGUACUUCGAGAAAUUGACGGUGAGGAAGGUGAUCCAUUAUACUCGUACGGAAAACUAUACAGUAACCACAGAUAUUAUGAUCCAUACUAUGACGAUGCAGGCGUCCUAAGACCAGGCUCCGAUACCGGAUACAUGGAGAGUUACGAUAGCUUUCCCACAGUUGCUUAAACAACGUCCGCAGACUACAAAUUAAAGGACUAAUUCGUCGACCAAAAAGUUAUCUUAUUGAUGUCUAAAUAUACAAAGCUAUUAAUUUAAUUUAUAACAUUAUUGUGUCCUCUUAGAUGACUAAAUUAGCUUUAAUGAAUUAUAAUUAUCUGAUAAAUAAAAAG